GAUCUGCCCUGGUGGAGGAUGUGACUUCCUGUCUGUAGCCCAUGUGACUGAUGACAUCAUUGAGUUUAUCCCUCCUCAUAAGAUAACAGAAACACACGUCAUAAUAAACAUCUAUGGAUUCUGUGAUUAUGGCCUCAUCAAGGAUAAGGAUGCUCCUGUCUUCCCUAUCAAAGCCCAGGUGUUGUUGUUCUACCAUCCAUCAGAUGACCCUGAACUGGAACCUGUACUGCAUGUGUUGUUGCUGCCGCGGAACGUUGUCCUAAUGAAGGUGCAAGAGGAGAGGGCGAGGAGGAAUGGCAUGAGAGAAACCUUCAUUGAAACAACCUCUGACUGUGAACUGACCCCUGAUCAGAUGUACAGCCUCUCCACUGAUGGGUAUCAUAAGGUGACACCUAAGAACAAAAAGUUUGAUAAUGAUAAAGACUACGAAAACUACACCACAACGUUUGCGGUAUUCUUACCUGCCAAAGUUAAAAAAGCUGAACUGACAUUGAAGAAGAAGAAGAAUAUAGCCUGGUCCAUAUUAGACCUACUGUCCAGUCUAUUUGUGAAUCAUGAAUAUCCGUGGAAGGGUUUCUACAGAUACCAAGCCCCUCUCCCUGCAGCCACUCCUGCCAAACCCCCUACUUUCCCAGGACGAGACUUCAUUCCAAAACACAGGAUUGCUCUAGAAACUCGCCUGGGACUCUUACAGCCCAUAUUCCUGCGUCUCCAGAAUCGUGGGGUUCUGAUUGACGAGGAGAGGGAGGAGGUGGACAGCAAAUCCACCAAGACCCUACAGAACCAAGCCCUGCUGGACAUGGUGGUGAGGAAGGGGAUGAAGCCCAGGAACAGUUCUACCAGGUCCUGA